UUAAUAAACUAUAAUAAACAGACAAUUCUGAUUCUUACGUUGAUUGAGACAUUCCGGAGUAUAUUAAGCAGAUGAUUCAGUUUUCUGAAUUGUUGAGAAGAAAGCAAAAGGAAACGGAUAUACUGGGCAUGGCGGAGAAGCUUAUGCAUGCGGUAAGGUACGACAGUUAUGGCGGUGGAGUUGCUGGUUUGAAGCAUGUUGAAGUUCCAGUUCCUACACCUGGUGAAGGUGAGGUCCUGCUAAAGUUGGAAGCCAGAAGCUUAAAUCCAGUUGAUUGGAAAACUCAGAAAGGGAUGCUUCGUCCACUUUUUCCUCGCAAAUUUCCUUUUAUACCCGUUUCUGAUGUAGCAGGAGAGGUGGUAGAGGUUGGACCUGAAGUCAAAAAUUUCAAAGCUGGUGAUAAAGUUUUGGCCUAUCUGGGUCCUUUGUUGGGAGGAGGUUUGGGUGAGUAUGCUAUAGCCAAGGUGAGCUUGACAGUUCCAAGGCCUCCUGAAGUAUCACCCGCUGAAGGUGCAGGCCUUGUGGUUGCUGGUCUUACGGCUCAUAUGGCCCUCACCCAAUCUGCAGGGGUGAAGCUCGAUGGAUCCGGCCCAAGGAAAAACAUUCUUAUCACUGCUGCCUCGGGUGGUGUCGGUCAUUAUGCCGUUCAAAUUGCAAAGCUUGGGAAUACACAUGUGACUGCUACAUGUGGGGCACGUAACCUUGAUCUCGUUAAGAGCCUUGGAGCGGACGAGGUUCUUGAUUAUAGAACGCCGGAAGGAGCUGCUCUUAAGAGUCCAUCAGGCCAGAAAUAUGAUGCAGUGAUUCAUUGUGCGACAGGGAUUUCUUGGUCAGUUUUCGAGCCAAAUUUGAGUUCAAAGGGGAAGGUAAUCGAUAUCACUCCUGGUCCGAGCUCCAUGUGGACAUUUGCAGUAAAGAAACUUACCUUCUCCAAAAAGCAGUUGGUACCAUUGCUUCUAGCUCCAAAGGGUGAAAACCUUGAUUUUCUUGUUAAGUUGGUUAAGGAAGGGAAACUUAAGACAGUAAUUGACUCAAAACAUCCUUUAAGCAAAGCCGAAGAUGCCUGGGCUAAGAUCAUUGAUGGACAUGCUACCGGAAAGAUCAUUAUUGAGCCUUGAAUGUUAUUGUUUUAAGCUUAUCGUUCUAUUUUUAUCGUCUAAAAAGGCGUUGAUUUUGUUACACUCUAUUUAUUUUGGAAUUACAACAUGUUCUGUUUAAGUUAUUAUUACAUUUAACAAUAAAAGUAAACACAAUUAUUGUUAUGGUAGUUUUUAUGAAAA